AUGGCCGCCAAAAUCACCUCUGCAGUAGCACUGCUCGUGGCAGCCUCCCUCUUCCUGGGCGCCCAUGCAUAUCACUCAGUCAGUCUGAACUACUUCGCUCCCUCUGUUAGACCAGUGUUUUCCUUGCGUGCUGGUCAGCGAGGAAGGGUUGGGCCUCGAAUGGUGGCCUCGCCGAAGCCCGACCUGUCUGCGUGGUUCGCGCCUGGACAAAAGUAUGGGCCUCAGAAUCCUGGCCAGCCGGCUCCAACUCAGUUGCCUUAUGACAACAACAAGCUGGACAAAAACAAAGUGGAAGCGAUCAAAGUCAGUGGCGACCAUUUGAAGAGUCCGCUUCAGCAGGAAAUGGCGGAUUUGGAAUCCAUCGAUAUCUCUGAUGAGGCUGUUGUGAUUCUGAAGCAUCACGGAAGCUACCAACAACAGAAUCGUGACCUCCAGAAGAGUGACAAGAAGGGAUAUGCUGAUUCCUACCAGUUCAUGUUGAGGCUCAAGAAUCCGUGCGGAAAAGUUGACGCCAAAACGUAUCAGUGCAUCGAUGAUCUCUCUGAAAAAUAUGGACAGAAGGAUCUUCGUGCAACCACCCGCAUGGCCUUUCAGAUCCAUGGCAUCAGGAAGAAGGACCUUAAGACUGUCAUUGCUUCGAUUGCCAAUGCAGGAGGAUCUACACUCGGAGGCUGUGGUGAUAUCAACAGAAACGUCAUGACUCCUCCAGCACCGGUUUCAGAUCCUGCGUAUCAGAAUGCAUUCCAGACUGCCAACUACAUCGCAGAACUGUUUAAGCCUUCCAGCCCUUCUUUUGCUGAGCUUUGGCUCGAUGGUGAAAAAGCGGCGGAAGUUGAGUAUUGGAAGAAGGAUCUCGUUCAGGGAAGCACUGGAACCAACCACAUCCCUCCUGGAACUGGAAUCAUCACAGGAGAUGAAUUGGAACCUCUGUAUGGCAGGACAUAUUUGCCGAGGAAGUUCAAAGUUGCUGUGACGGUGCCGGGGGAUAAUUCCAUCGAUGCUUACACUCACGACGUCUGUCUCGUUGUUAUCAUGGAUGAGUCCGGCAAGAAUUUGAAGGGCUACAACAUUAUGGUUGGUGGUGGAAUGGGUCGUACACAUAACAAGGAGACCACCUUCGCCAGAACAGCAGACCAUCUUGGUUACAUUGCUAAGGAAGAUCUCACUGAGUGCAUGAAGUCGAUCUUGGCGGCGCAGAGAGACCAUGGAAACAGAGAGAUUCGUGCAAACGCAAGGCUCAAAUACCUUGUUCAUACCCUCGGUGUUGACAACUUCCGCAAGUUGGUUGAGUCAUACUUUGGCAAGAAGAUUCAACCAUGGGUCCCGCUUCCAGAAUGGCAGAUGGUCGAUUGGCUUGGAUGGCAUCCUCAGGGCGAUGGCAAGUGGUUCUUGGGCGUGAAUGUUGAACAGGGCCGUAUCAAGAAUGAGGGAAGCUUCAAGCUCAAGACUGCUCUUCGCAAGAUUGUUGACACCUACGGGUGUGACAUCCGAUUGACCCCUCAUCAGAACAUCGAGAUUUGUGGAAUUGAGGAGAAGGAAAAAGCCAAGAUUGAUGCUAUUCUCAAGGAGCAUGGAGUCAAAUCCAUUCAGGAGAUUGACGACAUGACUCGUAAGGGCAUUGCGUGCCCUGCAUUUCCCCUUUGCGGACUUGCUCAAUCGGAAGCCGAGAGAGUGAUGCCUCAGUACAUCAAUAGGAUCAACAACCUCAUGGAGAAGAUGGGACUGCCUGGAGAGUCCUUUGUCAUGCGCAUGACUGGAUGUCCCAACGGUUGCGCUCGCCCUUACAUGGCAGAAAUGGCUUUCGUUGGAAUGGGAGGAGAUUCCUACCAGAUUUGGUUGGGCGGAUCGCCAAACCAGGAUGGCCGCACUGCAUGGAGAUGGAAGGACAGAGUCAAGAAUGAAGAUGUUGAGGGCACCAUCGAACCACUUCUGUACAUGUGGAAGAGUCAGCGCAACGGACAGGCCGAAAGGUUCGGUGACUUCAUCCAUCGCUUGGGACAAGAGGCUGUCGACAAGUAUGUUGAGUCUUACGAGUCGGGCACUGCUUUUAAGAACGUGGUGGUGGAAAAGCCCCCAUUGAAGAAGGUAUUUGGCAAUUCCUUCAGACUUCUUCGUUUAUUCAUGUUGUUUCAGGCUUAA